AUGACUUGGCACAGUCCCCCAUUUGUGAUUAAGAUAACCAAAGACGAUGGGUCUGUUUACUUAGAUGGAGUGGAAGGAAGCAUUUUGAAUCACUUAGCGAAGCAUAUGAACUUCACUGUGGUCCUGAUUCCUCCACCAGUUGAGGGUUUCUCUGGUGCGAGACUUUUUACCAAUGGAACCGCAACGGGUAUUUUUGGGGUGAUAAAGCGUGGUGAAGUUGACAUAACGAUUGGAAGUCUUCUGUAUUCCAGUCGACGCGCACAAGUCCUAGGAGUCACGAUGCCUCAUUAUCAGCAACCGUUGACAAUAGAAGUCUUCAUUGUAGGUUUAAAAAAUACAUCCCCCCUUUAUAAUAUGUGGGUGGCUGCGAUAGGUGGACAAGUUAACCCUUUGCCAGGGCGGAAUUUUGCAAGGUUCAUGUUGAUGCUGUGGCUUCUCAUAACAGCGGUCCUUCGUGGUACUUAUCAGGGUGCUUUAUAUAAUUUCAUAAGAACCAAUGUAGAAAAAGAAUUGCCGAAUACUCUCGAGGAGCUGUGGAAAGAGAAGUACUCGAUUUGGGUUGACUCUCUGCUUGCUGAGUGGGCAUUACCUACUACAGAUUUGGAGAAAUUCAAUAAGAUCCCAGUGAAAGUCGAUUUCUCGACUCUUUAUGAGUUUCAAAAUACGCAAGAAAAUAUCGGAUUUUUGAUUGCCAGGGAUAUGGUCAUACAUUUUAACAAUUUGAAUUAUUGGGAAGGACGUCUAUAUAUAGUAAAUGAACGUUUGUUGAUGCAGCAGUAUUCGAUGCUUUUUCGGAAGUAUUCUUACCUGAUCGUGGAAGUGAAUGGAUUGGUCAUACGGUACAGUAGCAGCGGAUUAAUUAUGAAGUGGAGUAAGAACUUUAAUACCGAGAAAUUCGCAGUAGACAAGCUGAUAGUAAUUGUAAUUAGGAUUAUUGACUUUGAAUGUCCUGAAUAUACGUAUCUGAUUGUCCCAGCUGUUCUGGAUUGGUAG